AUGUUCCUCUCCAACCUCGUCCAAAAGGCCCAACAGCUCAUCGACCCCGCCGCCCUCCCGGGACCCCUCGCGAACCUCACGACUGCCUCCUCCGACCGACCCUCCAAGGCCCAGCUCUUCCGACACCAGUUCCGCUUACCAGAUACUCAAAAUCCGCUGUAUGAGAUCACCGCCGAGCUCACCCUCCCCUCCAAGCCGUCAAAUCGUAGUAGUGGUAGCAAAGCACGCACCUAUCAACCACAUCCCGGAGCCGGCACAGCCAAGAACUGGGAUAGUUCGAACUGGGACCGGACGGCGGAGGAGAGAGGGACGCAUUAUGUCGGUCAGCUGCAUAUCAGUGAGCAGUUCCUCUGCUUUAGCACGGUGAAUACUACCUUCGUCUCCACGGCUUCGACCUCAGCUUCUUCGGCUUUCACGGGCCGAACUCAUGGGACUGGACCGGCUGGAGAUGGGUUCACGCUUCCGCUUUGCGCGGUCCGGAGGGUGGAGAGGCUGCAUACUCAGAGUCAUAUGUUUGCGCUCGCCAUCACGACGUGGACGGGUCAGGACGCUGGAGUCAAGGGAAGUGAGGCGCAAGGGUUGGGAUCAGGGAAUGCGCCUCCCAAGCUUACAAUCACGCUAGAGGGGUCCCGGUUACAAUGUGAGCGGUUCUGCGAUGGGUUGAAGAAGGGGUUGAGGCAGGGGAUGCGCGAGGUGGAGAAUAUGCGGGUCGUGGUCGCGGAGUGCUAUUCGGAAUUCUUCUCGCAGGGAGAUUUCGAGGCCGAGACGAGUCUUGCGGUUGAUACACGGACGGGGGCGGAUGGGAAGGAGAUCAAGCCGCCGGAUACAGGAUUAGGGACGCUGUUCACGUAUCCGGGGAAUACGAGGAAGUUGCGGGAUCGGAGUAAGAUGCGCUUGUGGCAUGAGUAUAUGAGGGACAAUGGUCGCAAUACGACGUUGGUGCGACAGCCGGACUUUCAUCGCCUCAUCCGCGUCGGCUUGCCGAAUCUGCUACGUGGCGAGAUCUGGGAACUCACGUCCGGAUCGCUUUGGCUCCGGCUACAGAAGCCCAAGCAGUAUGAAGAAACGCUCAAGAAGCACGAAGGCCAGCAAAGUCUAGCAAUCGAAGAGAUAGAAAAGGAUCUCAACCGCUCCCUCCCCGAAUACGCCGGCUUCCAAUCCUCCGAAGGCAUCGGGCGUCUGCGCAGAGUGCUAACCGCCUACUCCUGGACCGACACGGAAGUAGGCUACUGCCAAGCCAUGAACAUCGUCGUCGCCGCCCUCCUCAUCUACCUAAACGAAAAACAAGCCUUCUACAUCCUCUCCACCCUCUGCGACCGCCUCUUACCCGGCUACUACAGCCAAACCAUGUACGGCACCUUACUCGACCAACGCGUCUUCGAAUCGCUCGUGGAGAAAACCAUGCCGAUAAUCUGGGACCACCUGCAGAAAAACGACGUCCAGCUCUCCGUCGUCAGCCUCCCCUGGUUCCUAAGUUUAUACAUCAACUCCUUCCCCCUCACCUUCGCCUUCCGCGUCCUCGACGUCUUCUUCCUCGAAGGCCCCAAAGUCCUCUUCCAAAUCGGCCUCGCCAUCCUCCGUAUCAAUGGCGAAGAACUCCUCGACGCCACGGACGACGGCACCUUCAUUUCAGUCUUGAAAUCCUAUUUCGCGCGGUUGGGGGAGAGCGCGCACCCGAAGAGCGAGAAUGCAAAGCAUCGCCAGAUCACGAAUUUCCAGGCCCUCAUGGUCGUGGCGUUCAAGGAGUUCGAGGGCAUCACGCAGCAGACGGUUUCCGAGCAGAGGGUGAAAUCGAAGCCGGGCGUGUUGGAGGGGAUAGAGAUGUUUGCCAAGCGGACGAGUAUCCGGAAUUUGGGGCCGGAGAGCAAAAAGUUGUCUGCUAAUGAUCUCGGGUUCCUGUAUGAUCGGUUCUACGCCGUGUUAUAUGAACGACAGCAGCGCGCGCAAAUGGUGCAGGCGGAGACGGAGCGGAGGGCUAAAGUCGCUAAGACGAAAGCCACGGAGGUCGUCUCCGGGAUUUCUACCCUGGCGCCAGAAAUGGGUAGGGUGGCCCUGGGAGCGGCGAGUACGACGAUCAUGUCCUACGACGCUUUCCGGGAGUUCCUAGCCGGAGUAGCAAAAUGGGCCGUAACGGACUCCCCUUCCUCCCCCACCAAGCCCUCGCACGAGGAGAACGGCGGAUACUUCAACUCCCUCCGCAACCGCAACGUCCUUACCGCAACAAACGCAAUGAGGGAAUGGGGCACCGGCCCGGAACCCGCCGAUCACGAGUUCCUGCAACGCUUAUUCGGGAAAUGGGAUUCUGAGGAUGUGGGCGGGUUAUCUUUACAGAAUGUCGUUUCGGGACUCGCGCCGAUUAAGGGCGGCAGGGAUUUGAUGGGGGUGAUUGAGUGGUUUUUUGAGUUGUAUGAUGACGAUUCGGAUGGUAAAGUGGAUCGGGAGGGGAUUUUGAGGAUUUCCGAGGCGUUGCUGUUUUUGACGAGGAGGGGGGUGGAGGUUGGUGAGGUGGAAGGGGGUGCUGGGGUUGGUGCUGUUGGGGGCGAGGGGCAGCAGAGUCGGGAUGAGAGAUUUUUGGGGGCGGUUAGUGCGUUUAUCCGGCGCUGUUUCGAGUAUGCGGAUCCGGAUCAUCCUUCGCGGCAGGCGGAGAAGGAGGUGGUGGAGGCCACGGAUCUGCUUGGUCUUUCUUCCUCCUCUUCAGAUGCUCAGAAGGACGCCGGCGAGUCUGCGACAGACGAUGCCAUGCUCUCCCGGCCCUCAACCAAUACCUUCGGCCAGACCACUCCCGCUUCGCCUUCUCCCUCGACGCCUAGCAGGAAUAACACAGCGGCGAACGCGGCUCUGGAUCCUAGUAGUCCCGUUCAUAUCACCCUCCCGACUUUCCGGAUGUUGGUCCUUGCGGACGAAACGCUGGAGGCCUUUUUCGAUUCCGGGUUCGCGAAUUCCUUUCACCUUGCCGAUGCGCCGUUGGCGAGUAGCACUAUCACCUCACCCUCAUUCCUCGGCGCUGUGGGCCAGGCGAGCGCUUCUGCUUCAAGUGCGAUGGGAACAGCUAAUAGCAGUCUCGGUGGUGGGGGCACAGUAUCACCCGCUAGUCUCGGUCUACCGGCUAUCAGUCCCGGUGGCGCGGCAGCGGGCGUUGUCGGACCUGGAAAAGGUCUCCGCGGAGUCUUGGACAAUAUCGUCACGGAUGGGAUGAGGGUUGCUGCUGAAGUCCGGCGACGCAUGGACGAGGCGCAGAAGGAACUUGAUCGGGGGGUUUCGGGGAGGACGGCCGAGGCUGAUGAUGAUGAUGAGGAGGGCGAGGAUAUGGGAGAUUUGCUUGAGGGGGCUGAGGCUGAUGCUGGGGGGAGUAUUAGGAGUGGGAGGUCACGAGAGGCGAGUUUGUUGGAUGAGGAGGUUGGUGGGAAGGGGGUUGUGGGGGUGGAGAGGGUGGGGAGUAAUUUGAGUAAGGAUACUAUGUUUGAGCGAUGA